AUGAAUGAGCUGACCAUUAGCUGGGGCAUUCUGUACACUCGCUAUUCGUCGUUCACGCUUGUUGGUUCAAGUUCAUCAGUUGGCCACUGGCGACCGCUGAAUUCGCAACUGGGUCCAGGUUUCAUAGCUAUCGUCUUUAUAAAUGCGUCGUUGAGUUCCACACUGAGGAUUGAGGAAUUCUAUGCGAAGUCGUUUGUGCCCGAUGAUAUCGAAAUAUCCUACAACAUUUUUAACUUUGAGGAAAUCAACUUCAAUCUCACAAUUCGUGUUCCCUUUCCCGGCAAACUCCUUAUGCACAUUUUCGUAAGAAAGUUGGCCGAUGAAGUCGGUGGCUCCCAGCAGGAGGACAUCAUGCGAUUAAAGAACAAGGAUCUGUGCAAGCUUCUUGAUGGCCUCAGAAAUAUUACCAUUGAAGAGAUUCCUGGGGAGAGCCUGUUACCUUCGACCUUUAUCAUCUCGUGUCCCUUAAACUCUGGCUUUUACUACGUGGAGAAUGCCGCCAUUGAAACCAAACUGAUUCCUGUUCGCAUACCUGAUGGCAGAUAUCUCGUGCUUUUCGAACUAAUACAAGUAUACGAAGAAGUUAUUAAAUUACUAACCUGUAGGAUCAAACUCUUCGUUAAGAUGGUACCUGAACCAAGUGAUUCUUCAAUGUUGAGUAGCAGCGAAGAAAACACUAAAACGACUAAAACACCUGAAUUUGAAAACGAGACGAAAAAUGUAGAAGUUUCCACGGAGCCAGCAGAAGAUGACUAUGACGCUUCAAACGAUUACCAAUAA